CACCAGUAUCAUCUGACGAUCCUUCUGGCACCUACUAUGAAGAACAUAAAGAGUUUUAUCAAAGUCACAGAUAUACUUCUCACUGUGGUAUAGAUCAAUCCUGGUAUCGCUAGGCGACUCUCAAGAAGCACAACACAACAUGAUGGCCCGUCCACUGGCACCGGACCUUCCUUCGGGUUCGGGAGACCAACUUCAAUCCAGAAGUCUAAGAAGGUCGGUAACUCGUUUACCGGUAACGACUCGAUCUUCAAAAGACCUUGCUCCUGGGGAACCAAUACGACACCAUUCAACAAAUCCGGAUCUUCGCCACGUGCCUAAGAGCGAGACGACUUCAGGUCGCACGGUAACCAACUCUCGCCUGCCGUCCAGAUAUGUCCCGCCAAGGGUUGUACAGGCGCAACCUUCAUCAGGCACCCCAUCAAUCCAAGCUGCUCCCAGUAAAGCUCAUUCUGCAGACCGCCGAUCUAUACGCCCGCCGUUUCUGACCACAAAGACACCAUCUUUAGCAUCAGGCUCGACUAUAUCAGUACCGGACAGUCCACGUUCGGCGUUGAGGAGGAAGCCUUCUAUCAUCAACCAAUAUGCUCUUCGUGUCAAAACUGAUCCAGAAAGUAUGCAAGAACAUCAGGACCUGGUUGAUACGGUGCACAAAGUGCAGUAUGAUGAUGAUGACCCCUUCCCAGGAGCCAUAUUUGGCAUGACUCUUCCAUCCACAUCUGGACUCACGAAACUCAAGAGUCUCAGUCAUAUGACUAAGUCAGAUGCCACUCCGGUCGACCCAAGAGCGGACACGAAGGCCUUGCAUCAGACUAUGGACAAUCAAGCACCUUUCUCGGAUGUGGCCUCUAGCAGAAACUCGGGCUCGCCCUUCAGCCACCAGUCCACACCAACUUCCGCCUCCUCACAUUCAUCGUUAGCUACAUCGGCUCUGGGAUCUGCACGUCACAGAGAUAGCUUGGAUCUAGCUCGUAUCGCUGCGAAGACGCAGGCACGAAAAGAGAACAAGGCUUCGACUACAAAUGCCAGCUCCUCCUUGCGAAAAGAAACGAUGAGGCCAAGCGCUUCCGACUUGAGAGAUCAUUCCAAGGGCGACCGAGGAUCUUCCAGACAGAGGCCAACAUUCUUGAAUCCUUUCUCAGCCAAGGCUGCAUCUACUGGCAACACCGAUAGCUCUGUUGCUACGAAAGCUGUAACUCGUAGGACACCUCGAGGAGUACCGAUCGAUGGUAUUCCGCCAGAAUUUGCGCAUCUCAAUGUAGAUCCACCACAAAAUCAAUCGACCAGGAGUCUUAUUCCUCCGAGACGACCUAGUAGGGAUGGCAUCGAUGGUCCGGGACUCUCAUUGGAUGUUCCAGUAGUUCAAAGUAACCUCUCACAUGUUACAAGAGUGUCUUCUCGAGGACCGAAUGAUGCAACGCCAGACUCACCACCCCAAAGCCCAAGACGGACUUUCGGCUUCUCCAACCGCAGCUCCUCUCGACAAAGCAACAAAUCACAAACAUACCCAACCACACCUAGGACGCCUGUGGACAGAUCUGAAAUGGGUACUCCCCUAAGUAGGAAAGAUUCCCUGAUGCUUGGAACAAGCCCAAACGCUUCGAGUUCUCCUAGGAUAGGUCUUCUAUCGAGUCGUUACAGAGACUCGCCCACUCAUCCGAUCGUCUCUGAGAAACCAAAGAAAGGGCCCGCAGCGGGUACGGGCCAUGAAGGCUAUGGUAAAUUUGGUUUUAGAGGAAGGGGAAGUAGUAUCUUCGGUCGAACCAGUCGCUCUUCCAGCAAAGAUAGCUCGACAAGCCACAAAGGGCUAUCGUUCUUGAGUCGGAAAAAAGGUAUGACAGAAGAUCACGAAGACGGCAUUGAUCAAUUUCUGGAAGAGAGGAGAGAACCGAUAAUCCUUCGUGGUAAGGGAAGAGGCUCAAAUGCCGACGAACAAGAGCUUCCUCGCCUUGUAAACCCAGGACGAGACAUCGAAGUCGGCAGUAAAGAUCACUCUUCAAUCUCCCCGAGGACUGCGCCCGUGGCUUAUUCCGCCAAACCUCCACUUCCCGAGCUGGCAUAUGAGGGCAAGGAAGGACAUUGGCUCGGGACCUCUGCAGCAAACAAAAGUCCGACACUGAUACAGCGCUUCAAGUCCAAGAUCACCAACCAAAGCUCGCGUGAUGAGCUUGGGAAGCAGUCGUCGAAAUCAUUACAUUUUGGCUCAAUCGAUCAGGCUACCGACCUCGAACUCACCGACAUAGAGAAAAUCUUCAGCGGUGGAAGCCGCUCUUCUCACAGCUCGAAAGACUCGGAUACGGAUUCGAAGAGUGAGAAACAUCUUGUGCCCUAUAGUCGGAGACACGAAGGUCUUCUACCCAGUCCGUUGGAUGCACGAAACUUGAAGAGAACGUCUGUAGGCUCUCCAGUCCUUCUCCAAGCGAAAACCAUAACUCAAGUCAAGGCUCCUCAGCUUGUGAACAUUCCAAAGCCGCCUGGAUCACCCCGACAAGGAGACGUUCCUCAAGUAAGACUACGGUCUGUUGGUAGAAUACCGGAAGUGGUGCGAAACCAGAUCCAGUCUCCUCUCGAAAGCACUUCCGUCCUUGAGAACCUUUUGGACCACAACGUGAAGGACGGUCAAUUUACUUCCAUCACCGACGAUGCAGGCGAGUUUCUUGCGUUCCCACCAAGGAAGGACUCAGAGCUAUCUUAUACAAGUAGCUCUGGCCUUGGAAGUCCUCACAUCACAAGAUCUUCGUUCGUAGGUGAAGACGAAGUUUGGAAUGAGUAUGACAAUCUGCUAGAUGAAGUAUUGCCCCAAAAAGUCAGGGCGUCAACUACAUCGUCUCUUGGCGCGCCGUUCCAAUAUGGAGAUAUGGUCGAUCACAAGCCUAUAGGGCACAACGCAGAGGGCGCACUUCGUCGUACUUCAAAGUCUAGGGCUAGCAAAAGAGGCUCGGAUUUUGAUACAAGCCGUCCAAGCACUACUUUUUCGAUCUCAGACUACCUUGUAGAUCGAGAGGACGCCAAAUCGGAAGCUCCAGUAUCACCAAGCAAGAUUGGAAGCUCUCAAGUUGGGCCUACGCUUUGGAGUCCAAAAAGUCCGCGAAAGUCGUUCUUUCCGAAGCAGAAAAUACCAGUCGACACAUCCGCCUCGGCAGAGUUGAGAUUCGCGGCGCUCAUGACAAGCAAAUGGCUAUCUUUCGGGCGACUUCUAUUCAGUCCCGCGCAUGAGGAAGCGAUGACUAGCAACCAUACUCGUAUCCUGAUCGUCGAUGGCCUCGGGAAAGAGUGGUCCUACAAUUGCGCUUUGACUUACCCAAAGUGCCAGUUCUACAAUCUUGGUCCUGAGCCGAACUCAUCGUCCUGGGAAACACUUUCGAAUCACCAUCAUGUCACCCACCCAUCUGUUUCUGCAUCUUUCCCCUUUCCCAACAACUACUUUUCGGCAGUGGUUUUCCGCUUCCCCAUCGCCGCAGCGGAUGAUGCAUACCAAGCAUGCUUUAACGAAAUCAAACGCACACUAAGACCUUCAGGGUACCUCGAGAUGUCUGUUCUAGAUCUGGAUUUUGUGAAUAUGGGUCACAUAGCACGGAAGACUGUACGCGAUUUGAAGAUUCGCAUCCAUCAACAAGACAGCCAAAUCAGUCUCUGGAACCACGGUGAUGCCUUCCUAACACUACUCGGAAAGCGUGAGUUUGAGAACCUCAGAAAAUGUGUCGUUGGCAUCCCUGUAGCUGGACGCAUACGAAGAAGCCACGAUAGCGGAAGUUCGAGCUCCGGCAGUCAACGAAAAAGAACUUCAGAACAACCAGAACCUGAGUACCUCCGCUUUACAGAGUGGAUGCAGAGCAGUAAUAAUAAGAACAACGAAGAAGACGAACAUCAUGAACGACGCAAUGACGAAGAUAUUACGAAGACGGUGGCAAAGAUAGGACGCUGGUGGUACUCUUCCUGCUACCCUGACCCUGGUCAGUCGACGGCAGGAGGACUCUGGGACACACCCGGUCUACUCCGCGAAUGCGAGCGACAGAGGACGAGUUUCAGACUGUUGUUUUGCUACGCACAGAAACCUGUUUGUGUAAAGCGACGUACCGCUAGCGUCUGAACCGUACGGUGGGAUGGGCAAAAGCAACAAGGAUCUGAUUUGAUGGACGAAUAAAUGACAAAACAUAGGGUUAGCAUAUACGCAUACGAUACAUAUUUUAUGGAGAGAGAUUUAUAAUUGAG